AUGGUACAAGUCUCUGCUAUAUACGGCAAAGCUGCCAACGAGCAUGAAACUGCUCCAAGGGUUAAUGCGCUGAGAGCUCGUGAUGGGCCCUUGACUAGACCUUUGGACUCUAAUGCGUCUACUGUGUAUGAAUUGGCUCUAGAAUCCUUCCAAAAAGGUGGCAACCGUAGAGGUAUGGGCUGGAGAGAGAUCACUGAGAUACAUGAAGAAGUGAAGAUUAUCGUCAAGAAGAUCGACGGUAAGAAUGUUCCACAGGAGAAGACGUGGUUGUACUACGAAAUGACUCCCUACCGUCACAACACUUACAGAGAGCUUAUCUCUAUUAUGCAUAACUUGGGUCGUGGUAUGGUUAAAGCUGGUAUUAAACCUAACGGCGAAAACAAAUUGCACAUCUUUGCCUCUACGUCCCAUAAAUGGAUGAAGAUGUUCUUGGGUGCCCAAUCUCAAAACAUCCCAGUGGUAACCGCCUACGACACUCUUGGUGAACGUGGUUUAAUCCACUCAAUGUUGCAAACCGAGUCAAACGCAGUCUUCACAGACAACGACUUGCUGACAAAAUUGAUUAACCCAUUGAAAGAGGCCAAAGAUCUUAAAUUCUUGAUUCACUCUGAAACCAUUAAUCCUAAGGACACCAGACAAAACGGUAAAUUGUACAAAAAUGCAAAGGAAGCCCUUGCUAAGAUCAAGGAAGUAAGACCAGAUCUAACAAUUAUCAGUUUUGAUGAACUUCUGAGAUUAGGUAAGAAGAGUAAACACGAAAUUGAACCACACCCACCUAAACCAGAAGAUCUGUCAUGUAUCAUGUAUACCUCUGGUUCUACAGGUGAUCCAAAGGGUGUUGUCCUAACUCAUGCAAACAUCGUCGCAGGUGUCGGUGGUGUCUGCCAUAAUGUCUACGGCGAUGUUGGCCAAAACGACCGUAUUAUCGCUUUCUUGCCAUUGGCUCAUAUAUUUGAAUUGGCCUUUGAAUUAGCUGCAUUCUAUUGGAAUGGUAUCCUUGGUUACGCCAAUGUCAAGACCCUAACAAACCUAUCUGUACGUAGAUGUCAAGGUGACAUGGUUGAGUUCAAACCAACCAUUAUGGUUGGUGUCGCUGCCGUCUGGGAAACUGUCAGAAAGGGUAUCCUGGCCAAACUAGGGGAAUUACCAGCCUACACUCAAAAGAUUUUCUGGACGGCCUACAAAUCUAAGGUUAAGCUAGAUGAAGCUGGUUUACCAGGUGGUGGCCUCAUCUCAAAGCUAGUUUUCAAAAAAGUCAAGGAGGCCACUGGUGGUUGUCUGAGAAUUAUCAUGAACGGUGGUUCUCCAAUCAGUGAAGAUGCCCAAAGAUUUUUAACUAAUGUCCUAUGUCCUAUGUUGAUCGGUUACGGUUUGACCGAAACUGUCGCUAAUGCAACAGUGCUUUCCUUAAAAGCAUUCAAAUACGGUAUUGCAGGUGAUCUAAGUGGUGCUAUCCAAGUUAAGUUAGUCGAUGCUGCAGAAUUGGGCUACUUGGCAAAGGACAAUCAAGGUGAAAUCUGGAUUAAGGGUGCUCCUGUUAUGUCUGAGUAUUUCAAGAAUGAAGAAGAGACAAAGAAGGCAUUGACUGAAGACGGUUGGUUCCGUACUGGUGAUAUUGGUGAAUGGAAUGAAGACGGCCAAUUGAUUAUCAUUGACAGAAAAAAGAAUCUGGUGAAGACCCUAAAUGGUGAAUAUAUUGCUUUGGAAAAGCUAGAAUCUCUCUACAGAUCCAACAAGUAUGUUCAAAACAUUUGUGUAUACGCCGAUCAAACUAAGGUCAAACCAGUAGGUAUUGUUGUUGGUAACAUGAAGCCUUUGGAAGCCUUAGCUAAUUCAUUGGGUCUACUAACUGGAGAAGAGACCAUUGACUCUGUUUUACAUGACAAGAAAUUGGCUGCAGCUGUAUUGAAGGAUAUGCUAGCUACCGGUAAGAGCCAAGGUCUGAACGGUAUUGAACUAUUGCAAGGUAUUGUGUUUUUCGAUGACGAAUGGACUCCACAAAAUGGUUACGUUACUUCUGCACAAAAAUUGAAGAGAAAGGAAAUCUUAGAAGCAGUAAAAGACCAAGUCGAGGCCGUUUACAAAAAUUAG